UCAGCUGCACUCGGUUUAGUAGAGAGAACGAGAUACGGGAGAAUAGAGCAUACCAGCAUUCGCGCAGAGACCAUCAUCAUUCGGUGCUGAGGGAAGCAAUCGACCUGACGAGUAGUGAAUCCAUACGAAAACUGUCCGUCGAAUUUGAGGAAAAGUUUUUCCCUGUGCUCAUCCAAGUUGGCAGUGUCAUUUGAAUCAGUUUUCCAGCCAUCCGAUUGAAAGUGCCAAAAACUGUGUCAGUGAUAACGUUUUGAUUGAAGAACCCGCAGUGCAAUUCCUCUGGAAGGUUCCAGUCCAGGUGGCAGAAUGAAAACAAUUGCGACGUACUUCCUUCUGAUUGGUGCCCUGGUGGCCACCGGUUACGCAUAUCCAGCCCACAGUGAGAGCAACCCCGCGGAUGACGCCGAAUUCAUUGUGGUCCCGCUGGAGCAUCAGAAACCUUCGUACUUCAACCGAUAUCCGAGCGGUUUCGAUACCUUCGAUGGCGUAGUGGACACCGGUGACUUCCCACAUCCGGCCGGCCAAAGUCCGGUAUUCUUCCCCUCGAUCAAUCCAUUUUCGUGGCAGUUCUCGUCUUACCUCGAUGAUCUAAUAAGGCGUCUGCGUGAUCGCUUCUCUGGCUCAUGGAAUCCGUUCUACGGCGAUAGCGGCUUUGGUUCUUCAGGACCAGGAUUGUGGCCCAUUGAUAUCCCUGAUGAUUCCUCCGAAGAUGGACAGAAAAAUUCCACUUCCACCGUUAAAGUUAUCGACGGCCACAAGGUGAUCAUCAACGACACGUACUACACCAAAAAGAACGAGUUCGGCACUUCGAUCUUCAAGGUACGCGUGAUUGACGUUAAGCCAGCCGACGAAGAGGGCGAGGGAGAGAAGCCUACGGAGACCGGAAAUCGUGUCGGUGGAGAUGACGAUUCCAAGAAGGACGAAAAAGAACCCGCUACCGAGCAACCAAAGCGUGACACGGAGCUGGAGGCGAGCGAGGAGGAGACCACCGCGGCCGACGACAAUUUGAACACGAUCGACGCCAAUCCGAACAACGCUGAUGGGUCCAAAAAAGAUGAGCCAUACACUUCAUCGGAGCUUGAAUCUCUGGAGGCAGAAGAGCUGCUCGCUCAAGUCAACGAGUUCUACCCGGGGAAGGACUCGGUAGAGCGCAAUGCUCUCAGAGCGGAGCUCAACAAGGACCGUGAAGAUUCUACCAGUUCAGCCGAAGCAACCGGUGAGGAUUUCUCUCCCGAUGAGUGGAAACAGUAUCAUGACGAUCGCAAGCGGAUAGUCGUCAAUGCGAUCCAGAACCAGAUCCCGAAACGAAAUCAAAACCAACUAGAAGAGGAUGCACCGGCGGUCGAUUUGUCCAACGAUAUCGCCAUCAACGAAAUGCUGGCGGACAGAGCAAUCGCUCCCCACCCGGACGUGGAAGUAUUCGCCCCAAACCGAAAGCGUCCAACCCAGCAGGAUCCCAUGCAAUCGUUCCCCAUUCGUCCACCAUUCCCGCAGUCGUUCCCUGGUGGAAACCAAUAUCCAGUGCAAUACCCAAUCCUGUAUCCCCAGCAGUUUCCGCAAUACCCUGCUUACCCGCAGAGACCACUCGGCCAGUUUCCGGUGCAAAGUUUUCCAAUGUUAGGGCCCCAGUGGCCCGGACAACAACUCUUCCCUGUCCAGCGGCCGGUAAGUUUGUCCCAGCAAGCAGCCAUGCCGGCGGUAUCCUUCCCGCAGGAUUUUACCGCGACGGUCUGGGAAGUGAGACCCUAGGUUAAUCAGAGACCCGGGAGUUAUUUAUUUAUUAAUUUAUCUAUUGUCUAGUUGUGUAGUAAAUUAUUGAACCAUUCUAACCUCGAGGGAACCAAAGAAGGGUGCAUUAAAUGUGUUAAAAUGCAAAAAGGUAAGAAGAUCGAAAUAAACAUUGGUUGUUGUUGAUUACAGGACUGACCCCUUAGUUAAAAAACUGUCGAUAACACAAUAACAGAGCUUAUUAUCCACUGAACUGUUCUGUCGUGUAAUAUACAGUAAAAAUGUAUGAUUUUUACCCAGAUUAGAUUCAAUCUAGAUGUGACAAAAUGACAAAAUGAAUACAAUAAACUCUUUUGAAAGUGAAUAAAGAAA